CCCUCUCUUGCGCAGCGCACACAUCGAACGCAGAGGGGAUUCUGCAGUCACAGGCGCUACAGCAGAAAAGCCCGCCGCCGGAUCAGCCUAGCUAAGGAAACUGCCAGUGAAGCCUGGGUGAAAAAGGACUGCACAUGUCUACUGGAGCCUCCGACCUGCAUGCUGGCUCAAUGCUGGAGUCCUCCCAUUCCCACUUCCAUUAAGAUCAUCGCCUGCCCAGUGCAAGCACUGCAUCAGAGGUGCAGAGCCCGAGCAAGGAGGAGAAAGCAUUGUUUGAAGUUAAGAAAGAAGCCGAAAUCCAGACUCGGGUAGCUCUCUGCCUGCUCUGGGUCCUAGGACUCUCCAGGACAGACUGAAUCUACACAGAAAAAAUGGUCAUUUUCCUGAAAUAAAGAGCCUGCCGGGGAUUCUGGAUUGCUGUAAUAAAAUGACUUUUUAAAAACCUGCUGCUAAGACAUUUGAUUUAAAGUAAAAAAAAAAAUGAGACAAUUCUUCAUGACUUCAGAUCAGUAAGAGGAAUGAAGGUCAAUUUCACUGAUGUGAUGUAUCUUGCAAUGAGGAUCCAAAUAAACUGCUUUAGGUGUUGGCAGGAGAGCAUUUAAACAUUCCUUUAGCAGAAUAAAAUAUACAUAAAGGAAUUUUAGGAAACACUAUUAACUUAUUAACUGAUCUUUUGCACCUUCACUGGGGGUUUCAGUGAGAUCAAGACAUUCUAUGACUGUCUGCCUGCAUUUUGCAGCCCCUCAUCACCUCUUCUGCCACCACAGAGAUGAAUGCCAGCUUCUCUCAUGCCUUAAUGGAGCGCAGACCCGGCAUGAUGCCAGGGAGCUGUGUGCAAUAUGGCAUAGCGCCCCCUGGUGGUCACUCACACUCAGAGCACCACCACCACGCCCACCACCGCUGCCACCCCCCUGCUGGACCCGGAGACACUCUUGCUCAUGUGCCCUUCCUUCUGUACCCGGCCAACAUGGACCCCAGCUACUAUGAGGCGUCCUACGGGGGUGCCUUGUUCCCCUACGUGCCUUUCCACGGACACUUCGGGGUGUACGACUGCCCCUUCGAGCCCGCCUUCAUCCAGAAGCGCAACGAGCGCGAGAGGCAGCGCGUCAAGUGCGUCAAUGAGGGCUAUGCCAGGCUGAGGGACCACCUGCCCGGCGCCGUGUCCGAGAAGCGGCUGAGCAAGGUGGAGACGCUGCGGGCCGCCAUCCGCUACAUCAAGUACCUGCAGGAUCUGGUGAGCCGGGGGGCCCAGGCGGGCGCCGAAGCAGAGGAGAGGAGCGGCAAGGGCCCCAGAAAUGCCACUCCCACCCCGGCCGAGGCAGGCGUCAAGAGGGACUGCAACAGCGACGGGGAAUCCCAGAAUUCCUCCUCCUCCGACUCUCCGUACUGCGAGUCCGAGGAGUCGCUGAGCUAGAGAGGGCCGGGCCCUGACUGCAGGCUUGAGGCCUGAAGGCGGAGUAGGGGGAGAACAGGCCCGCCUGAAGCUGCUAGAGACGAACCAGCUCUGACUGUGGCGGGAUGCAGACCGACAAGCCAUAACACGGGCAGAGGGAUAAAACUACCACAAAUUAAUGAGGGUUUCCUAAUCCUGUUCCUGGAGUGUCCCUCUCACUCCUGGUUUUUGAUCCAACCGAUUUCUUAAUUAGAUAAAGUAGUUGAACAUAAAUCAAUCAUCCGCUUGAUUUUAACUGUUUUUGAUGCCCAUCUUGAUUUGAGAAAUACUCUCCUUUCUGUGUAUUAUUUCCAUGAAAUGUGGCAAAUGUGAUACGUCAACAAUUUAGAAUUACUGCUCAACCACAGUGGUCUAAAUAACUCCUGAUAGAUGAGCAAUUAAAGAUAUACAGAAACAAGUGGCAAUGACACUCUCUCAUUGUAACCAUUCUUAGCGAUGUGUCGACUCUGUUUGAAUGCCAGCUGGUCAGGACCUCUACAGGAGGGGCUCAUGCUACCUUUUAACCCCCAGCUAUGAUGCAGGGAGUAGCAUGCUCAAGGGGGAAACCUUUGGGCUCAUGAGUGGCAGGCUGUGGGUUUGAGUCCCCACAUGACACCCUGCUGUUCUAGAGAGGUGAGUGUUGCUGGGGCUGAUCCCUGCAACAGACCAGCAUCCCUUCUCGGUGGGUGGGUCCUAACUAGUCCAUGACGUUGUGGAAACCAGGAUGAGCACUGGACCAAUGAAUGAGCAGCUCUGGUAAGGUCUUUAUCCUUGUCAAUCGUCUAACUAAAGGUUCAGCACAUUGACAACCAAAACAAAAGUCAGGGUACUCUGAUUUUAAAAAUCCCAAUGAGGCUGGCAUCAUCCACCACACAGAACCAGAAGCUAUCAAGUUCUUGAGCAUCACAACCCACUCCAAGAUCUAUGUGAGUCAUGGAAGGCACGUCCAUUCGAUAUUUCAAUAGAUCAGUGUAAUCCCGAGGUUCAGACAACAUGGACUGUGGACAUCACUAGUUUCAAAUUUCUUCUCACAUUUCAGUUUAAUACAGCACCCCAGACAACUGGAUUGCAAAAGGCAAGGCUGACUUCAGAGACUUUGUGGGCCACAGGUUUUUUGGUCAUUCCAUUCAUAACAGUCCCUGAGCGAUAUUGAAAGCUAAAACAUUUUAGGAAGCAGAAGUAUUUCAACUGUAGUUUUUAACACUGCUCAUAGUGUCUUAGGGGUGGAGAGAUCAUGACUGAAGGUAAGUUUAGGUAAGACAUGAAGGGAAAAAUUAAAUCACACAUCUGUCAUAAAUCUAAAAACCAUUUACAGCCUUUCUGUAGUGCUUGAUGAUGUCUCCAAACUACUUUAAUGAACUGCAUUGAACCUUUUCCUGCAGACUGUAUUUGCUGAGCUGUAAAAAACAUGACACUGUGUUCUUAUACGUUUCUGAAAAAAAAUGUAAUUUUACUUGAAAUUACCAAAUUUAGUUUUCUUAGGAAAGAGUUUUAAUUUUUGAGCUAGUUUAAGCUCAGAAACACGUAUGUAUUAUAAUGCUAUGAUGUGACAGUUUGUCUAUAAGAUGAUAGACCGUAAACAGUAAUUCAGCUGGAACAUUUACAGAACCUGGGACGAAACAGAGACUUCCAGAAAGAAAUGUAAAGGUGCUUGCCUUUCCUGGCCUUUACAGACAUAGUAAGGCGGAAUGUGGAUCUAUAACUGUUGUUCCCAAUCCUGGUCCUGGUGACCAUACACAUCUCCUGGUUUUCAUUCCAGCCCACCCGAAUUGGAUAAUAAUUGAAGCCUUAGUUGAUAUACAGUAAUCCAAGUCACAAGUUUCAGAUUUUAAUUCACUUCCAAAUAUACCUAUAAUGGUAAGGUAGAAUGGUACCUUAAUUCAUGGUUGAUGUUAUUGCUAGUGAAAUGGUUUUGGAGACUUUCUGUAAAUCAAAGUGCGAAUCCCCUUCUCAGCAACUGCCCUUGAUGUUUCAAGGUCAUCUGUGACUGCAAAACCACUGAGGUCUUUCCUGUUUGACCAUCCUUACACAGUUCAUACCAAAUAGCAGGAUUAGUGUUGUGUGUGUUUGUGAUCAUCUUUCAAUCUUGAUCUUAUUGCCAUGUUGACAGCACUGUACCACUAGAGCCGUGUGUCAAAGUUUGUUCUUUAAAUGACAGUUUGUAACCAGUUUUACUGAUACUGCUUUGCACUUUAUCCUAGACUCUGUGUAGCACCCUUCAACUUGUAAGAGGCAUUAGACCCUAGCCCAACAAUGAUGUAU